AUGUCUUCUCUUCGGUGUCCAGAGAAUAGAAAAUGGAUCAACGAAAAGAAAAUUAAGUAUUGCUUUACGUUUAUAUAUUCACAGCAACACCCAGGUGAUUUAAAAGACAAUGCGCUAUUCCGUUACAAAGGUCACACACUAGCAGAAUGUCCGGAAAAUGCCUUCCAGAUUGAGUUUUCAUCUAAUUGCACGGAGACAUGUCCAGGAUUUGCACCUUUUCUGUUUCAAAAUGUGUGUCUUGCUUUUUGUCCUAUUGGCUACGAGGAGGUAUAUGGCUAUUGUGUAAAGAAAAACAAUUCAACUCCUUCUGAACGUAACAACACCAAAGAAAAUUUGCUUUGCCAGAACGGAUUUUGUCCUAAGGAGAAACCUUUUUGUGAUGAAUACCGAUGCGAGACUACUUGUCCAGAGGGUAUGUUAAGCGAAGAGUUUUCCUGUGUUUACACUUGCUCAAACUUUAAUCCUAUCAUUUUCAACAACACUUGUGUAUCAACUUGUCCUCAAAUGUAUCCUUACACUGAAAAUAAUCAUUGUGUUAUAAAUUGUUCUAAGUGGAAUGUUCUUUCCGGAAAUGCAUGCGUCAAAGCGUGCCCUCCAGACAAGUAUAGAACUGAUACACAUUGUGUCGAUUCCUGUCUUUCAGAAGACAAGUACGGGAUGAUGAUAUGGAAAACUCAUGUUUGUUUAGAUAGAUGUCCAGCGUUCACCAAUAUUAACGGCAGUAUAUGUCAUAUCCAAUGUCCUCGAGGGUUAGACUUCCUGUCGAAUAGGUCGUGUGUUCGACAAUGCCCGAACUCUAUGCCAUUUGUUUAUGUGCUGUCGAGGCGAUUUUUUCAUUAUAAAAAACCCAUUUGUCUACCCUUCUGCCCCGAUCGAACGUAUAUCGAUGGAAGAACAUGUGUUGACAGAUGUAUAAUGGGAAUGAAAAUCUAUGAUCGGAGAUGCGUUCAACAAUGUCCGGAAUCACAUAAAUUUGUCCAUCAACAAAUGUGUAUUUCGACUUGUCCAUCAAAUUUCGUGGCGUAUAAUGACACAUCGUGUCUAAGGCGCUGUCCUACGAAUGCUGGAUAUACAUACCAUGGACUAUGUGUUGAAAGCUGCCCAUCUGGAUAUAACAUUCUCAAUGAUAAAUGUGUCGAUGUAUGUCCUGAUACACACGUUUUGUUCCAAGGAGAAUGUUCAACACGUUGUCCUACUUCGCUGUUUGCUUUUAACGGUUCGUGUAUCCACAACUGUCCAAAAACCCAUCCGUACAGAGGGACAAAAGUAGUUAAUAUCGUAAAUUUUGCAUACGCAGUAAACGCAUGCCUGAAAGUAUGUGUGUUGCCAAAACCUUAUCUUUAUAAUAUGACGUGCCGUUAUGCAUGCCCAUCAAAUCUGUUCGCAUACAAUAAAACAUGUGUUGAAAACUGUUCCAAUGUUAGCAGGUUUGGUUAUGAGCAGAAAUGUGUUACGACCUGUCCUACUGAUUCCGUUAUCUAUAAUGGUUCUUGUUUCAUUUCGUGUCCAAAGCAAGCACCGUUCCUAUUCAACAAAACCUGCCAAUAUAAAUGUCCAUCGACGCAUGCAUUGCAUCUCUCCCGGCCUCCUAGACACUGUGUUAACACCUGUAGGAGUAACAUUAGCUAUUCUGACAGAUUGGAAUUUAAUGGUACGUGUGUUAUAAGGUGUCCUGAUUUCACGAUUUAUUUCAAUGGAACAUGUGUGGAUAAAUGUCCAUUGUCACACAGAUAUAACUUCACUGCUCGAAGAUUCCAAUAUCUCUUCCAAUGUGUUAAUAGCUGCAAAGAUGUUAAAGCCUCCUCCUUGAAUGAUCGAUGUACUGACCACUGUCCAAUGUUCUCAUUCAACUCCUCAUGCCUCAACAGUUGUCCGCAGUCACACAGAUUUAUAUACUAUGGAGAAACAGGCGGGAAUUUGAUUCGUCACUGCGUCAAUGAGUGUCCGGGAAAUACGUAUUCAUUAGAUGAUAAAUGUUUCAAUGGUUGUCCGAAAAAGUUCGUCUCUUUCCGUGGUAACCUUUCCUGCUUACAUCAAUGUCCUACAACACACAAAUUUCGGUUUUUAUAUUCAAUCAAGAAAAAUCUGUUCCGGUGCGAGAAGACAUGUUCUAAGCCACACUUUAUUUCUGGAGAUCAAUGUUUACAGAAGUGCCCGGUAUCGAAGCAGUUUUUGAAUGGACAAACCUGUUUGGGUAAAUGCGAUUCUAAACACAAAUUCUUCCAUCCUCGAACAAAACAAUGUCUAAAGGAUUGUCCAGAUCCAUAUGUCAUAUCAAACAACACAUGUAUUCAGAGCUGUCCAUCAGAUUCGCGGUUCCUGGUAAAUAACGUGUGUACAAAAGCGUGUCCGGAGGCCCUGAAACUGUGGUCACCACUACAGAAAGCAAAUAUCUGUAGUAAUACGUGCAUUGGUCCCUUUGUACAGGAAAAUAACACCUGUGUUUCCUCCUGCUCCGAUGAAAAAGUAAUAAUAAACUCCAAGUGUAUUAAUUCCUUGUAUUGCCCUCGCGAAUAUAGAUAUGUUGAGCAAUCACCACAAGGGAAAAUAUGUCGAAAGGCGUGUGUGAAAGGACAAUUUGUUGCAAACUUUAACUGUGUUACCAAAUGCAGAAAGUUUUAUGUAAAUGACCGGUGUGUGGAUUACUGCCCAGCGACACACCCAUUUACAGAAAACCGUCCGAACGAUGCAAAAUGUCAUGAUAAAUGCCCAGCUUCUAAGUAUACGGAUGGAAAGAAAUGUGUCAUCUUUUGUAGUGACGACAAGUUAAUUCUUGAGGACAAUAAAACCUGUGUUAAACACUGUCCAACUUCACAUCCAUACAGAACGGAACGCCUCUUCAGUACAUAUUGUGUUAAAACAUGUACAGGAUCGUUGCUUAUAUACAAUAAUACAUGUAUGCUGAAAUCAGAAUGUGAAAAAUCGACGAAUCUGCUGAUCUUUUAUGACCAAUGUGUACACAGAUGUCCCCCACACUCAUUCCUUGAUGCGUCAAAAAAGAACUGCAUAUCACUGACAGCUGGUACCAUGAUUGCUGGAUUUGUUCUAAUGGCUAUCAGCAUCAUCUUGCUCGCGUGUGUUUGCAGUAUUAUCAAGUGUAGGAGUCCUUCACUGCAAACCAAAAUCAUCAGCAAUUCUGACGAAGCCCUUUUACUAGACAGUGAAGACAAUCGUCCAUCAGAGGACAGUCAGGAAAUCUACGACACGUCAUCGGAACAAAAUCAUCAAGAGAAUGGAAAUAAUCCUUUUGUUCUCGGACAGGUUUCUUUGGAAGACGAUUCCUUACCUAUGGUACAGUUUCACAGGGAAAUGGAAGAAACACCAUCCUCUUCUGACCAAUUCACAAAUAUCUAAGAAGUUGGAAAUUAUAUCGAUGAAAACACCCACGCAAAGACAAUAAAGGACAAGGCACAUUGAUCAUUUGAUAAUAAUCCAAGGUCUCUCCUUGAGCCAUGAUCUUCACCGCGUACAUCAAACAACUAUUUAAUUUAUAAGAAACUUGAAAAGUCGGAUUGAUUAAUAAGAAUAAGCGAUUAGAAUCUUGAGAAAACUCGAUACAUUUAUUUGUUUACUGAUCUUGAUUAUUCAGUGAAUACGCUCUAUCAGUAUACCUUAUAUUUGUAACAAUGCCACUAAUUAGUUUGAACGCAUCACGUGACAUGGAGAUAGAUAAUCGAAUCUCAUCUCCAGAAAAUCGGAUGUCCCGUGUGCGCAUGUCCUCACUGUAGUUCACUGUCGUAAUAUGCGUGGAAUAAGACAAAACAUUUCGUGAUAAUAUAGUGAACUGUUUUUGGUAUCAUUGAUACUUUUAUUAACGUAUCUGUACUAUCCUGGGCGAAUAGCCUCACUGUAGUCCAUGAGUCUCAAAGGUAGUCGACUAAGUUAACAGAUAUAAGCUGGUCCUUUUAUACAUGUGAACAGGCCAAUUCUGCUGGCACGUACCAUCUUAAACUUUUGAACUCUAUUACAUCAAGCCAGGCGCGUCCUUAAAUGACACUGGCUGUUAACAUGACGUUAAACGAAAGCAAACAAACAAACAAACAACAUACAAACAAACAUCAAACUAUUACAUGAUCUUAUAGGGAAAUAAUUGGCCAGCUUGACUCUAUGCACACACGAAAGUCAAAGGGUCGGUAAUUACAUAUUGAUGUACAAGAACACUUUGGCCAGGUAAAUACAAGGGUCAGGCAGUUUAUAUAUUAAUCAAUUUUACUUAUUACACUACUAUAUCACAUCGGAAGGGUAAGCGUUUUACACCAAAUCGACGACAACCACCGUGCAAAUCUAGGUUAUAUUCUCUAAAUAAGAUCUAGUAUAGUGAAACCUGCGUAAUCGUGAAUGAGAAGGAAUACAGACGAUCUUUAGAAUAAUCGUCAAUCCGUCACAUAGAGUGUUUCUUAAGGGGUUCAUCACGACGAAUGUAUUCUUCCAUGAUCCAAAAAGAAAUAUAAUGUCCUGUCCAUUGUUUUUCGUUCUCAUUCUAAAAAUAGCUUAAUCAGCAUCAGGGGUAAUUAAAGACCUAUAAAACGUCGUUAUUAGUUUCACAAAAUAUAUUCCUAAUUGGAUGAUUCUGACAGAAAGAACCUUCACCAACAUACGAUUCCAUAAUAACUAUUUUGCAAGUUGUCCUAUCAAUGGCACUUGUGUUAAAUCAAUUCAAUCGUUUUCUCGUGUUUUUUAAAGACAGCAUAACUAAAAUAAAUACUCUAUUACUGGACUACAUUUAUACGCGCAUCAUUACUACAUCAUUAUAGCUGUAUUAUUUAUGCUUAUUUAUGGAAAGUGUGAUAGGCGUUUAAAAUUGCUACAGUGUCAUAAUUUUUAAGAUUUGUAUGUAUGAUGUUUAUUUUUCUAUUGAUAUAUAAUUUUUAUUUUUGAACUAUUAUCAUUUUGACUUUAUACUCUAAUAAAAUAUGAUGCUAACAAUAUUAUUCAAUGAUGUUUAACAUGUAGCAUGUAGACCGGUAGUUUUUGUGUCAACUUUCAACAUUUUUUAAAUGGCUGAUGUUUUGUUGGAUUAUCAAAGAUAUUGUGAUCAAAUGUAAUACUGUAAAUCACUUAUAUUUCGCGUGGGAUUUAUUUUCGCGUUAAUUCGCG